UUACUAUGGCAAUAAUGUCCUCUUCCUCCCUGUGAGGAUGCACUUUGAGUGACUUGGUCAUCAGGCACUUUAAAAAAGGUGAAGUGUGUUAUUUCUGUGCCUCCAAUAAGUUUGUUUGAGAGACAGCGUUAGCAACAUUGGCUUAACCAAUAGUAUGAGUCUGGGGCGGGACUGUCAGUCUCAGCCUCAGAUGACAUGCAGAUCGCCCAGUCUGGCCACCCUGAUGUAUUUUGCACAUGUAAAACGACAAACCCUAAACAAAAUCGGCUGGUUCUGACCUGACUUUGCUUGUCAAUCAAACCAUCACUUUUGGGUGAGAAUAAACUCACCUGCAAACUUACAACUUUCAAUUUUGUUUGAUGCUACAAGUGUCACAGAAAUUAUACUUCACCUUUACGGUUCCAUGUUAAUAAUGUGGAAAUGCUUUUGUCAUGAACCCUUAUGAAAAUUAACCCUGGUUUUAUGGAAGCAAAUGUUUUACCAUUUUUUGGGGGAGUAUUGAUUACCAUUUAUAUAAAUAUGAUUUCACAACAACUACUAUGGUUGUUAUAGCGAAACCACGGUUAAUUUUUGUAAGGGAAAAUUAAAGCUGAUUUAAAUUUUAUACGCAUUUGGAAUAUGGGGGAAGGCAAAUUUUGCACUAGAUGUUUUUUAUGUGGCUCUCUCUCAAGAACAUUGGACAAAAUAAAAGAAAGUACUAGACUCUAUUUAAACGAUGAAGAACUCCCUAUUUGGAGACAGAGAGAAGACAUGAAUGAAAGAGUGAAACAGAAUGACAUAAGAAUUCAGAAAAUUGCUUGUGAUAACAUUUUAGUCAUUCCCAGCCUUUGAAUAUACAAUCAAAACCUGUUUAAAUGGCUAAAUUAAUGUAUUUAUUUGUACAAAUGGUUCACUUUUCAUUUUUGUUUUCAAACUUUUAAAGGGGUCAUAUGGCACGAAUACGUGUUUUUCUGUGUCUUUGGUGUGUUAUAAGUUUCCCAUGCACACGUAAAAUUGCAAAAAUUAAAGUGUUGGAGCAAAAGAUGCAUUCUAUCUAAAAGCGAAUGCUCACCCAGACCUGCCUGAAACGCCUCGUGUAACCACACCCCCACAAAUCUACGUCAGUUGGUGGUCUGAUUUGACUAAGACCACCCAAAUGUAUACGCAAGUAAGUGAGCGUACCUGUCAGUACAAUUGCUUUGGAACCUGAUGUUCCAAAUAUGGUAAGAGGCGUUACAUUUCCAUCACACGCUUGCAGUAUUCGACCAAUCACUACGCACUGGAUAACUGGCCAAUCAUAGCACACCUCGCUUUUCAGAGCCAUGAGCUUUGUUAAAAAUCAGCGCGUUUCAGAGAGGCGGGGCAAAGAGGAGAUACAAUGCACGGUAUGUGGAAAAUACAGCGUGUUUGAACCUUAAAUCGUGUAUACACAUUGCAUUACAUCUAAAACAAACGGUAAUAUUUGUUUUAGCCGUGUCAUAUGACCCCUUUAAAUCACAUCCCUGCUGAAAAAAUACAAAUUCCACUAGUUUUCAUAAACCAUAAUCUGUUUACCAUUAAAAAUGUCAAUAAUGUAGUGAGUAUUGGGUCGUAUUCCUGUAGGAUAACAUCCCAAUAAAACACAUUACCAGUAGAGCUACACAAAGACCAUUGUAGUUUCCAUUUAAACCACUAAAAUAACCAUUAUAACCGUAAAAUUCAUUCAUAUUUCUGUGAUGGUUUACAUUUUUUCAGCAGAGAUGCACAUUUCCAAACUUUGCACGCUUAUAGUCAAUCUUCAUGCAAACUGUACAUCUGUUGUUGUAUUUCAGAACAGUGAGCACAUCUAUGACGUGUUUGAUCUCGUAAGGCAAUACCGUGUUUAUCAUGUCGUUUCUUCUAGCACACAAAUCAAAAUAUGUCGAUAAAUGCUGGCGGUUAGACGAGAUGUGUUCGACCCUACGCAGCGCUGCGCAGACCGAUUUACGUAUUGCGUCCAAAUACCGCGAGAGCUGCAACGUUACGUCAUACCCCGAUCGUUCUGCGCAUCGCCGCAUGAAUUCAAUUAAUGAAAAGGCAUAGAUAAAGCACUUUGAACAGGUGUGAUGGAAAAGUUUUACAUUUCUCUUUCUAUUGUGAUGUUGACGUGAUUUGCACAGAUUCUACUUCUCCGUUUAUUUGAUGUCUAUAUUUGAAAUAAAUCCUAAUAAAUAUAUUUGCAGUGUUUUCAAGGCGUCCCUUGUUGCUCUUUGAAUAGCGCGCGCGCGCACUCUAGCGGUCGCUGCCGGUGUCGUCACCGUUGCCAAGCGCGCGGUAACGUUGUUAGGGAAGUAGAAUAAUCGUUUUCCGGAUGUAAGUCGGAAGAGGAGAAGGAUACACGUGUGGCGAAGUUCCAGCAAAUAAGAACAGAGUAAAAUCAAAGAUGAUGCAAAAACCAAGAGAUGACUUUACAGAUCUUUCCUGACAAAAGUUGACAAGUGCGAUCAAACAAGAGGAGCUUUAAAUCCAGAGAUGGCAGUUGAUGGGGCGAUCAAAGAGAAGAAAAAGAAGAAAAAAAUAAAGGAAGAUGGAGUGGGGGCGACCGCUAAAAAUGGAGGUCCCCAAAACAUAACAAAGUAUCAGCAUGCUUCUGUCCAGACGACUAUUAAAACAGAACCGUCAGAGGUAAACAUCUGUAAAGGAGAGCAACAUGAGUAUGACACCACUGAGAAAAAAAAGAAGAAAAAGAAGAAGAAAAUCAAAGAGGAAAAAGUAGAAGUAAACGAACAUGUUGCAUUGUGUCAUGAUGGGUCUGUCCAGACUCCUGUGAAAACAGAACUGUUGGAAAUAAAUAUCAGUGAAGGAGGCCUGGAGAAAAGUGAUCUUCCUCAGAAAGAGAAAAAGAAGAAGAAAAAGAUGAAAAAAGAGUCCGAACACCUUCAAGAGAACGUGAUGGAAGUCAGCAACAGCGAGCCUGGAGAAAAGAUGGAAAGAAAAAGAAAGAAAAAGAAGAAAAUGGACGUAGAGGUCAAAGAAGAGGUUGACGUGGGCCACAGUGGAAAGAUGAAGAAAAAAAAAAGGAAAAACAUUGAAGAUGAAGAACAAAACCCAGAAUCAGGGGACGGAGAGGUCAAGAAGAAAAGAAAGAAGACAGAAAAAAAUAUAAAAACAACUGUAGAAAGGGAUGCAGAACCAACAAAGAAAAGGAAGAUAAAAGAAAAGAACGCCAGCUUAAAGACUGAAAACAAUAAAGAGAAGACGGUAAAAGCCAACAAGGAGAAAUUGGCUCUAGUAGAAGAAGAGACCAAUGAGAAAAAUGUAAACACUGAGAAAAGGAGCAAGAAGAAGAAAAAGAGAUUAGAAAACCUGGAUGAGGGUCAUCGUGAAGGCCCUGCUCCUGUAAAUGGGACGAAAGCAAAGACAGGUGAUGUCACAGGAGCGAUGAGGUCAUCAAAACAUAAGAUGAAAAAGAGCAUCAAGCUGGAGGUUGAUGAUGUCAUAGAGGAGGAGCUCCAGGAAUACAAGAAGAGUAAACAAGACGAGAACAAAUCCACAGAAAAGAAAGAUGUUGUGUUCCUGUCAGCGAGGCCCGGAAAUCAGGAUGAAGUUUCUAUAGAUCAGGCUCGCCGACUCGCCCUGCAGGAGGACAUUGAUAAAGAAUCGCAGCCAAAACCGAAUCUUGGCCAGUGGAGCACAGCUCAGUUUGACAGCUCUGACAAACAGGCUAAGUUCAUGCGACUAAUGGGCGGGUUUAAAAAAAGCAGCCAGCCUAUCACAGGAAGCUCCGGGCAGGCAAACAUGGCCCUAGGAAAAGAAGGUCAACAAACUUUACAGCAAGGCCUUUUGGGAGAGUUUGAGCGCGCGCAGAGCCGACAUUUGGACUUCAGGAAUAAAGGAAUUGGGUUGGGAUUUACACCGCCGUCCAAUAAGAAGUUUGCGAUUGACGUGAACGCACGGAACUCGAUACGAUUCGAUGACUGAGAUUCAAUUAAAAAUCUGUCGUUAUUGUCUGUUAUGUUGCUACAAAUCUUUUUUUUUACACAAAGGAGAAUUUUGAUAAAGCACUUAUUAAGUGCAGUUUAUACAGCGGCCAACUUCCAGAAUAUACAAAAGAACUCCUUAAAAGUAUCAGUGUAGUCCAUAAGACCUGUUAACUAUAGUCCAGGAUUUAUGAGGCCAUAUAAUAGGUUUUUGUGAAGAAAGGAACAAAAUGCAUUACUUUUUUAGUGUGUAUUUCAAGUUGACAGAUGUGGCCAAUGUAUAAAGAACCUUCAGAAUGUCUCAUUUUCUGAAAGUAUAACGGCAUACAGGUUGGAAUGAGUAAAAAAUUGAUGGUUUAAUUUUUUAGAUGAACUAUUUAUGUAACUUAUGACUGUCCCUUAAUGGGUUUCUAGAAAUGCUGGUUUACUUAUCAUGAACACCUGUAUCACACACUUACCUGUAAGUGAAAUCCAGAAGACCCACUGAAGAGCACUGAAUCAAUUCAAUUUCUAUAAAGUCUCUGCGAAAUUAAAUUCAUUUUUGUUUUAAAGAUCUCAGGUAAAAUGUCAGGGUGGAUGAGGCAAGAACAUGACAGAAAGGUUCUUAAAACAUGUUUACAGAUGGGAGUGAAAUAGAGGAACCUUGUUAAGCUAAGCACAGGGAAUAUUUUUGAGGUUUGUAAACUGUUCAUUUUGAAAUUAUUUUUUUCAUUGUUUGAUUGUUUAUAAUGAAACUGCUACAUUAAAGCAAACCCAGACUGAA